UAAAGAACGCCAAUGUUGAAAGCACAGUUAAAAAAAGGUGUGAGAGAAAGAGAAAGAGAAAGUCACAUUAUCAAUAGAAUCUCUAAUCUCACUAUUUCAUUCAAACCCCAUUUUUACUUCUUCUAUCUCUCUCAACUCUUUCCCCCCUUAGCCUCUCUCUUUUUAACUAUUCUUUUCUUUUUCUUUUCUUUUCUCUAUCAAGCAACCCCUCUUCUAUUAUUUAUUUUCUUUCUGGUUUUAGGGUAUGUUGUUGGAAUUUUCCAACGUGAAACUCUCGCAGUUUCCAUCCACCUCGAAAUAGAACCAAGGGAUUGGCAUUUUCGGCUUCAUAUGGCAUGACCUUCGUUUCCAUUCGUUUCUUCUGCUUCCCUAUCUGCCCCAACUAUCCUACCCAAGAUUUCCACUUUAGUUCUUGCACUGCCUAAAACGUUUCUGAUCUGCUCAGUUUUGGUAAAAAAUGCUUAAAAAGAAAAAAGAGAAAAAAGAUAAGUGUGUAUGCUAGUUUUUGUUCGGUUUUGACGAGUUGAGCUGUUUCCAAAAUUUGGAUUAGGUUCAUUUACGGAAAUGAUUGAAAGAAUGUUGCUUUACUUGGACUGAAGUUUGGUUUGAAUAAACAAAACAUGUAUAGGGUUGAAAAGAGUAAUGCACUGAGCAAUGGCGCUAAGGGUUCCUGCUCCAAAGGCGGCUGAGAUUGCUAUAGCGUCCAUUGGAUGUGGAUAUGAUAUCGGUACAGAUAUUAGGCUCAAAUACUGUAAAGUGGAUUCUAAAGAUCCAUGUCUUAUUGAGAUCGAUGAAGAUGGAGGCCGUGAGAUUGUUUUGCCUGGUGGAAUUUCAGUACCCAACGUGUCCAAGUCAAUAAAAUGUGAUAAAGGGGAGCGCACACGAUUCAGGUCUGAUGUUCUCUCCUUCCAACAGAUGUCAGAGCAGUUCAACCAAGAAAUAUCUUGGACUGGAAAAAUACCUUCAGGCCUCUUCAAUUCCAUGUUUGAAUUCUCUGGUUGUUGGCAAAGAGAUGCUGCCAAUACUAAGACACUUGCUUUUGAUGGGGUGUUCAUCACCCUCUACUCAGUUGCACUGGAGAAAUCUCAAAUGGUGCUACGUGAUCAUGUCAAGAAAGCAGUCCCAUCUACAUGGGAACCUGCAGCGUUAGCAAGGUUUAUUGGCACUUAUGGCACCCACAUUGUUGUUGGUGUGAAGAUGGGAGGGAAGGAUGUUAUUUACAUAAAACAGCAGCAUUCCUCAACUCUUCAACCUGCUGAUAUCCAGAAAAGGCUGAAGGAUAUGGCUGAUAAGAGGUUUUUAGAUGCCAAUGAACAUUAUGGAACUGUGUCUGAGCAAGUUUUCCAGAGCGACAAGUUUGAAAUCAGGGAGCAACGGCUAAGGUUUGGCCAUAAUAGCCCAUCAAGUUCAUAUGCACAUAAAGAGGAUAUUCUAAGCAUUUACAAAAGGAGAGGUGGAAGUGAUAAUAGAAACCUAUCUCAUAAUGAUUGGUUACAAACAGUUCAGUCAGAGCCUGAUGUGAUUUCAAUGUCCUUUAUCCCAAUUACUUCUCUGUUGAAUGGAGUCCCUGGUAGUGGAUUUCUGAGCCAUGCCAUAAAUCUGUAUUUGCGAUAUAAACCACCGAUUGAAGAACUCCACCAGUUUUUGGAAUUUCAACUUCCAAGACAGUGGGCGCCAGUUUUCAGUGAGCUUCCUCUUGGCCCACAACGAAAGCAACAAAGCACUUCAUCUUUGCAAUUCAGUUUCAUGGGGCCCAAGCUUUUUGUGAACACUACUCCGGUUGAUGUGGGUAAGAGGCCAGUGACCGGCCUCCGACUAUAUCUAGAAGGUAAAAGGAGUAAUCGCUUGGCCAUCCACUUGCAGCAUCUUUCCUCUCUUCCAAAAAUCUUCCAACUUGUAGAUGAUCCAAAUGAGAACUUCAGCCAAAUGUCUCGUGAUCGUAAAUACUAUGAGAAAGUUUAUUGGAAGAACUACUCUCAUGUAUGCACUGCUCCUGUCGAGGCUGAAGAGGAUCUUUCCAUAGUAACUGGAGCACAACUGCAGGUUGAGAAUCAUGGUUUUAAAAAUAUUCUCUUUUUACGGCUACGCUUUUCAACUGUCUUGGGAGCUAUGUCUCUUAAGCAGCCAGAAUGGGAUGGAUCACCUGGGUUGGCAGCUAAGUCAGGACUCAUAUCAACACUAAUUAGUCAUCACUUCACAACCGUUCAGAGGCCAGCUCCAAGGCCAGCUGAUGUGAAUAUAAACUCUGCUGUUUAUCCUGGAGGCCCGCCUGUACCUGUCCAAGUUCCCAAGCUUUUGAAAUUUGUCGAUACAACAGAGCUGACAAGAGGGCCAGAAGAAACUCCUGGAUAUUGGGUUGUUUCGGGGGCAAGAUUAGUUGUUGAGAAGGGAAGGAUCCGUCUUCGGGUUCAGUAUUCUUUAUUGACUGCAAUAUUACCUGAUGAAGAUGGCUUAGAGGAGCAGUAGCAGAUUUUUCUCUCACCUCUUAUCACCUUGUUUUUCCUCGCACACCACGUAUAAACAAAUAUGAAUACGAAAAAAGAAGAGAGAAUUGAUGAAACAUAAGCGGUCAUGUUUACAGGGAUAGAACUAGAAGGGAUGGUUGAAGGUGAUACGAUGAUUGGGUGUGCGUUGAGGAUGUUGGCUGUAUCAUUGUUUUCCUUGCUUGCAAUUUGUAUCUUAUAAUGUAAUUUUUUUUUUCUUGUUUCUAAUAUCGGUUCCUCAAGUUGAUGUAUCUAGUAAGGUGUUACACGGACUCUCGAUUCGGGUAUAUAUGUUUUUUUUAAUGUUUUUAUCAUAUAUGCAUUUUGAAUCUUUACAUCAGUGUUUGAAUAUACAUUGGAUACAUGUAUAACUGAAAA